AUGAAGUUCCUGGAAUGCGCUGCUUUGGAUCGGCUUAACGAUUUUUUGGAUAACUUGAAUCUGGGAGAACGUACUAUCAAAGGAUGCCUCGAAGCUUAUAGUUGCAAACAUGCUGGAACGGAUAAAAAACUCUCCAUCAGUUUGGAGACUGAGAUUCUUGAUUAUCUUGGCAAAUCAUCUGACACUGAUUCAUCCUCACCGGAUCAGACCUUAUUAACCAGAACCAGCCGAAAGACAUUGGUUUACCUGGUUCUUACUCUGUAUCACAUGUAUCCCGAUUAUGACUUCAGUGCAGUUAAAGCUCACCAGUUUUUCUCAGAGGAAUCAUGGGACAGUUUUAAGCAGAUUUUUGAUGCCUACAUGUGUGAAGCUUCAAAGGAAUGGGCUGAAACUGUUGGUGGUACUUCUUUGCUGGACACCUUGUUCAAGGCCCUUGAUGAGGUCAUGAAGUUAGUGGAUUGUGAAAUUUAUGGUUAUGUACCUGAUUCCGAGGCAGACCCAUUACUAGAGAGUGGAGCAAUAUGGUCCUUCAAUUUCUUGUUUUAUAAUCGAAAGCUUAAGCGGAUUGUAACAUUUCGAUUCAGUUGUUUUAGUAACUUGAUUGCUGACGGAUUGCUUGUUGAUGAAAUACACAACGAGUACGAUGAAGAAAUAUUUACUGACAUGGAUAUAUGA